ACCAAGAGCCAGGCCUCGCCGUCUCUUACCGCAGAGGCGAAUUCAUUUACCGACGCGGCGACUCCGAUCACCCACCACCGCUGCCCGCCGUCCUCCUCUGACGCCGCCGGCGCCGGGGCUAGCCCGUCGGGGAGCCAUGUCGCGGUCCUUGAGCAUGAGGGGGAGCAUGAGGUCGCGCCGCGACCUGCCUCCUCCCGAGAAGACAAUUGAAAGGCUUGAGAGUAUGGUGGAUGGAGGAAAUUUCUAUGAAGCUCAACAAAUGUACAAGUCAACCAGUGCAAGGUAUAUUACUGCUCAGAAGUAUUCAGAAGCCUUGGACAUCCUUCAAUCAGGCGCUUUGGUACAAUUGAAGCAUGGGCAGGUUACCUGUGGUGGUGAACUUGCUGUCCUCUUUGUUGAAACCCUCAUCACAGGAGAGUUUCCAUAUAGUGAACAAAUUUUUGAUCGUAUCAGAAAGAUGUAUGAGGCAUUCCCAAGGAUAACUGUUCCACAUUUCCUUGGAGAUGACUAUGAUGAUGAGGGGCAUCAAUUAUCUGAAGCUAUUUCUGCUGCCAAAGUACGUGCAGAGAGUUGUUCAUCAUUCCUGAAAGCUGCAAUCAGGUGGUCUGCUGAGUUUGGGACAUCAAGAAAUGGUUCUCCUGAGCUGCACGUUAUGUUAGCAGAAUACAUAUAUUCAGAAUCUCCAGAGACGGACAUGACUAAAGUCUCAAGUCAUUUUGUACGUGGAAAUGAUCCAAAAAAGUUCGCUUCUAUGCUUGUGAACUUUAUGAGCAAGUGUUACCCUGGUGAAGAUGAUACUGCAAUUGCACGUGGGGUCCUAAUGUACCUAUCUCAAGAGAACCUGAGAGAUGCAAAUUUACUUAUGGAUGAGAUGAAGGAACAACUAAAAUCUGCUAAUUCGGAUUUUCCGAAAACAGAUUUGAUUCAGUUCAUCAAGUAUCUUUUACCAACGCUUGAGAGAGAUGCUUACCCUCUUUUUAGGACACUUCGACAGAAGUAUAAAACAAGUACAGAUCGUGACCCUGUGUUUCAGGAGUUACUGGACGAAAUAGCUGCAAAAUUUUACAAUAUACAGCGCCAGAACCCUUUAGAAGGACUUUUCAGUGAAAUGUUCAAGAUAUAAUGCACGAGAAAAGAAUUUUGUGUCGAUGCUUUCGUCUAAACCAUUGGCUGGAAUAAUACAAUUGCUGCCACGGCAGCUCAUGAUCAACAAAGGUGCUUGCUCAACUAUGAAUGUCCAAGGCCAUAUAGUUGGGAUCAUACUGCAUGAAGAUAUAUACUUAACUCUGCAGCAAAAUGGUCAAUUAGUCUCAGAUUGUUACUGAGCAUGUGUAACUAAUUUUGUUUUCUAUUACUUGUUUGUCUUUGUUGUCCUUGCCCUCGAUUGUUACUGAGCAUGUGUAACUGAUUUUUUUUCUUCUAUUACUUGUUUCACCUUGUUGUCCUUGCCCUGUUCACUUUUGGAGAUGUGUCUUUUGUAACCCACUGAUCAAAAUGAUAACCUAUAUAUUCAUUGAUUUUACUAUAUGGUGUU